CCAACCGAGAUGUUCAUUCUCCCCAACAAGACUAAAUAUUAACUCGUUAAAUACCCAACGCUUCCCCGACAUUGUGGAAAUAUUGACAAAACAAAUAAACGAGUUAUUUUCAUAAAUGCCACCUCUCGGGGCUCUUCAAUAAUUCACCUGUGUUAAGACAUUUGUGAAGUGAGGAAAGUGCUUCUGGUAAAGAUGAGUUCUCCGUCGUCGAGUAAAUUUGACAGCGCUGUAUAUUAUGAAUUUUACUAUGCCAUACACACGAUGAUGACAUUAAUCAGCCCGGGGAUGAAUAUUGGGUACUCCGCAGUGGCUUUACCAUUAUUGACGAAGAAUGAUACAUCAGAGGGGAGUGAUGCUAUUUUGUAUGGUAAUGAAACUGCUGCUACAUGGUUUGCAUCAAUUGUGGGAAUUUCUGGUCCUUUCGGAUGUCUGCUCGGGACAUUUUGCAUGAGAACAGGGAGAAAAAUCCCGAUGGUCAUUACUGGAUUCGCAUGUGCCGCUGGAUGGCUGAUAAUUUCAGUCAGUUAUGGAGUUGAACAAAUUCUUAUUGGACGAUUUAUCGUAGGAGUUGGCACGGGUUUAGUAUCAGCGCCAACAGUUGUUUACAUUGCUGAAAUAUCAACACCUCGGCACCGGUUGGGUUUAAUAAAUGGCACGAGUGUCUCUGUAGCCGUUGGGAUUCUGAUAAUUUACGUUCUUGGCUUCUUCAUUCAGAACUGGCGGAUGCAGGCCGCUAUAUCAACUAUAAUUCCACUUCUAUCAGCCUCAUCAAUUCUAUUAUUCCUUCCCGAGAGUCCCAUAUGGCUGCUGUAUAAUAAUCAGGAGUCAAUGGCCAAACAAUCCCUCAUGAAACUCCGGGGAUUGAAGAAAGAAACACCUGAACUCAAUGCAGAAUUCACACAAAUGCAGAAUGACUGUUUGAAAAAAUUCAAAGAGUGCGAAAUUCAGACAAUGUCUUUCGAACUUUACGGCAAAAAUCCGACAGAAGAUCAAGUCACUAGCGGUAUUCACCGUAGAAUUCAGAAGAUUUGGUGGAUAAUGCUGUUGCCAGAAGUUUGGAAGCCAUUUUUAAUCCUCAAUGCUCUGUUUUUCUUGCAACAAUUCUGCGGGAUAUGCGUCAUUGUUGCUUAUUCAGUCAACUUUGUCACCGAAGUCGGCUUGUCAGCUGAUCCUUUUCUCAUCACUGCUGUUAUUGGUGUUAUGCAACUGUUGGCAGGCGUUCUCCUUGUCGCCACGAGCUACAGACUGGGAGUUCGCAGCAUAUCGCUUUUAUCCACUGUGGGCAUGGCCAUUUCGUUGGGGGUCUUAGGAAUUUAUUUGCAGUUCAUCAAACCAAAUGAUCUACAUGAUACAUAUCAACCUGUUGCAAUUGUUUGUAUAUUUAUUUUUGUGGCCGCCGGCUCCUACGGUUUGAUAGCGGUUCCAUGGUCAAUGGUUGGUGAAUUAUACCCAACGAAAUACGUUCAUUACCUCGCACCACUUACCACGUGCAUGGCCAACAUUUUUAAUUUCACAACACUACACAUUUAUCCGUUAUUGUUGGUAAAUGGUGUUCUAUCGACGGUUUAUAUUUACUGUGCAGUAUCGAUAAUCGCGACGAUUUUCAUCGCUCUAGCCCUACCAGAGACUCAGGGAGUGCCGCAUCAUGACAUUGUCGCAAGGUUUCGAAAAAAAUGAUGCUUCAUUUCGCUGCAAUGAGACUGAGACAAUUUUUUAAAAAUGUUGUUUUAUUGAAAUGUAAUGUUGAUUUCAAUUAAUUUUCCAAAUGGGAUGAAAUAUGUUUUUUUAGAAGAGAAGCGCAACUGCAUUUGUAUUCUUAAUGUUGAGUUGUUUUUAAUACAUUUUUUGGAGUUAGAAAUAAUUAGAAUAACUUGAUUACCCUCUUUGAAAAAAAAAAUUAAAAGCCCUAGACAUUAUAAUAUU